UUGCUCAUCACGAUCAUCCUUUCGGCUGCUUGUCUUAACCGAGAACUCUUGGAGAUCACGGCCGAAGAACGCUAGCGACGUCAUCAUCUAAAGACACUUUCAGUACCCAACGCAAACGAUCAACUACCAAUCAGUCAAAAUGGGCAAGAUCAACACCCUCCUCUUUGACUGCGACAACACCCUCGUCCUCUCGGAGGAGGUUGCCUUCGAAGGCUGCGCCGACCUGAUCAACCAGAUCGCCGCCACCAAAAACAUCCCGCUCGAAAAGCCUUUCACGGGCGAAUCGCUCAUCGUUGAGUUUGUUGGCCAGAACUUCCGGGGCAUGCUGCGCUCGCUGCAGGAGCGGUACGGCUUCCCGCUCACCGAUGAGGAGUUGGAGAUGUACGUGAAGAAGGAGGAGGACGUGGUGAUCGCCAAGAUCCAGGAAAAGCUCUCGCCCUGCCCCAAUGUCGACGGCGUGCUCGAGCGCCUGGCGGCCGAGGGCAAGUACGAGCUCGCGGUUGUGAGCAGCUCGGCGCUGCGCCGCGUCAAGGCCAGCAUUGAAAAGGUCGGCCAGGACAAGUACUUUGGCGACCGAGUGUUCAGCGCGGCCACGAGUCUGAAGCCGCCGACGAGCAAGCCCGAUCCGGCCAUCUACCUGCACGCGCUCAAGGAGCUGGGAAAGAAGGCGGAGGAGUGCCUGGCGAUCGAGGACAGCAAGAGCGGGACGCUAAGCGCGGCGAGGGCGGGCAUCAAGGUCAUUGGUUAUGUUGGACCCUACAAGGCCGAGGAACGACUUAAGAUGGAGAAGGUCCUGGCACAAGCGGGUGCUUCUAUCAUCAUGAGGGACUGGAACCAGUUUGAGGGGUACUUGGCGGCGAUCGAGAAGGGUGACUUUUAGAGGGCGUUUUUAGAUGAUAUCCAUCGUGUUUUC